UUUAUUGGGAAAAUAAUUAAUUAGUGCUGCUGCGUGGUGUUUUCACUUUCCCUUCCACCCCCUUCCGCCUCUCUUCCUUCUCGUCUCUUGCUCCAUCCAAAUUCGAACUCUGGGGUCAGGGUUUCAACGUCAUGGCCUACAUCCCUCCCCACAAGCGCCACUCCAAGGAUGCCGAGAAGCCGUCGCCGGUCCCGGAAUCUCUCAUCCCCAGCUUCAAGAGGGGCCUCCACCUUGGCUCCAAGCCCGGCGGCCAGGGUCGGCGGGAGAACGCCAAUUCCUCCCACAACCGCUCGUCCAAGAUCAUCUACGCCCCGCACUCCAUCUCCCGGUGGUGGCUCGCCGGUGAAGGCGACCUGAACCCCGCUUCCUUCCACUUGGAGCCCGUAUCGUGCGAGAUCAUCGAGAAGAAAUUCGGCGGGAAGCCUCUGGCCCUCACCGUCGGAGCGGACCCACCGGUGGGCUCCGCCGACGAGCGCCUGUGGGCGUCGAUAGCGGAGAGGAUCUUGCCGGACCUCCUUGCUUGUGCGGGGAGUGCGAGGAACGAGAUCGCUUCUGAGAAUGAGGAGAUUAAGCUAUCGUUUGUGGCUCGCUUUGGCAAAAUUUUGUUUCAUGGAGACCCUUCAGAUUGCUUAAACUCCAUCACAAACGCUACAGCUGCCAAAUUAGAUGCACGGAAUCAAGUGCAUAAAUUAUUUUAUACAAAUGUUCCUAAUGAAUACAUGGAAGAGAUUCAGCGAUUAGUUCCUACGAUUGGAUUUGACUUUGAGUCAGCAAAAGAGCAUUACCAUGUGAAGGUAUUUGACAAAUGUCGACCUGAUUCAACUAUUUCAUGCAAGUGUACAACCACAAAAGGUGGAGAACUUGAAAUUUAUAAGAUUGAACUCAACCAAGUGCGGCACCUAGUGUCAGAUAUAUCUUGCCUCUAUAAGGAUGUAGACCUGAGACUCAUGCUUUCUAGUAAAAGGAUCGUAAAGACUCUGAAUGAUGAGGAGAGUGAUGGCCUUGGCAAACUUAUAACUUCUGCAAUUAUAGAUCCCGAUGUGAAAGGAGGCUUGAGAUGGCCUCUAGGAAAAGAGUUUGUGGCUGAAAGGUUCAACAUAGUUGGGGUUUGGCACACUGAACACAAAGCUUAUAAAAAUCAGACAUUCAAGCUUAAGUUAAGGCAUGCUGACCGAUUUGAUCAUAAGACUUCCAUGGGGGAAGUUGCUGAUGAAGUUUCACUAAAGCUGCUUGGACUAUCCAAGCACCUAAGGGUGAUGGUGAUGAUGAAGAUAGCGGUAAAAGUGCUACAGGAGCAAUGUUGUGGCUGUGGUGGCGGUGAGAACGGCGUUAGGAAUGGCAGUGACAAAAGAGAAAGAUGGAUGUUUUUUAUACGGAUUAUGCUUUUUCCUUGUUGGAUCUGCUACGCAGGUUUAUAAUCGUCAACAACCUCCUCAAGAAGCUCUAUUCUGUUUGUUUUUUGAUACACUAGCUUAGUUCGAGGUUGUCAAGGCUAUAGUUAUCGGCAAUGGUUGGAAACUUUGCCACAAGUAAAUCGAUUGCAGGUCAAGCUAAUGUACAAUAUCAUCAGAAAGUGUGCUAAUGGCUUUUAGAGGAAAGGAAUGUUGUGUUAAGUGGCACAGGUCUAAAUAUGUGUAUACCUAUAUCUAUAUUUGUAUCUAUAUCUAUCUUUUUUUUUUUUUGGUAGAUACCUAUAUUAGUUGUUUUGAGGAUCAAGUUUGAUUAAAUCACCUCUUAUUUGUUCCC